UUAUAAAUGAGGAGGUUCUGGAGGCUGUGUUGCAGUCUGGUGUGAGUUUGUCACGAAGUCUUCACUUUCAGCGUCCUCCAUCUUAUUAUACAAUACUAGAAAAUGACCAUUAUGACCACCUGUACCAUCCUGUGUGUCCUGGUGCUGGCUUGUGCUGGUACAUUGAGCACUGCACAGGAGACCAAGUGCAUAGGAGAUGAUUUCAACUGUGGCGACAAAUGCAUUCCUUCUUCCUUCGUCUGUGAUGGCCACUUCGACUGUGGCAACGGCAAGGAUGAGGUGAACUGCAAGAAGGUGUCUGCAGCUGCAGCCCCACCCGUUGCUUUCCGUGACGACGCACCAACCUUCCCUCUGGAGUUCGGUGAUUAACCUUCCUGAAGAGGAGCUCAGUGAUGCUGCGGGAAGUGUGGAGCUUCACUUGUGCGGAAGGGGCGUGUGUGGAGAUGCUGGAGUUGGGUGGGUGUCUGUGGACAAGAGAAAAGACCGCAAAAGAAAUUUAGACUCGUGGGAUACUGAGAGGAAGUGUGAAGAAUGGUUAAAAGUUGGGCGGCUUGUAUGAGGUGGGAGAAGAAGUUAUUAAGGAAACGUUAUAGUUGAUGGCUCCUGGAAGCAAUAUGAUGCUAUUGUCUAAAUGUGUGGUGAGAUUAGUGGUACAAUUAGCAGUAACAUUGUCAAGGGAUGCUGUCCUGGAGGAGGUUACGUCUCGAGGUCAACAUAACACAACUGAGCCCCAGAGAAGUAUUAGCUGGAAAAUCAAAAGUUACGUUAACUACCGCAGCGGAAAAUGUGUAUAUAGAGCGCGCACACACACACACACACACACACACACACACACACACACACACACACACACACACACACACACACACACACACACAAACACACACACACAA